CGCGCUGCGCAAUGACGCUGUCACUCAGGCUCUCAGGCACACCUCGCACCGGUCGCUACGAGGGGGGCCGAGGUUAUGUUUUCACUGGGUCUCUCUUCCUCCCUCGCUCCAUCUUGAACGUUGUCGCAGAACCGUUGUCCGGUCUCCCCCUUCUCCUUCGUCCUGCUCGCUCUCUGUCUCUUGUGUCUGCUCUGCUGCCGUGUUUGUCGGGCGCGAGACAUUUAUCGCCUAUUUCGGCGCGUUGAAUUUCGUUUCGGUUCACCAAUAUCGCGAGGUGACCACCGGGACGUUCGUCGCGACGCAGCCGUGCCGAUGAUGAUGGCCCUCGGUCAUGCACGCAGAAAUCUGGGCUAGAUCCUUGGGCUAGACUCUAAACUAACAUGGAGUACGAUAAUUGGGUUGCCAGUUAUCUAUCAGGCAAUUUCGCGUGAGAGCAGAAGACAGAAGCAUGGCAUGGUAAAAAAUGUAGCAAAAACAUUAUCUUUACCUAUACAAGGUAACGAUGCGAGUUUAGCAGUAAAAAAUGAGAGCAAACUGGAUAUUACCAAACAAAUAACAAAUAAGUUUGAUACAGACAAAACGCAAAACCCCAUGAUAGAAACAUGCAAGUCUCUUGUUUGCAUAACUUAUUCUUCUAAUCAAGAUUCAAAUGCCAAAGUUGCAAAAGAGAAGAAUUCGCUCGCUAAUUAUUUCUUUGAUAAUACGCAAACUUGUAUUCAAGAGAAGAAGGAGAUUACUUCCUAUAUAGAACAAUUCAAAACUGAUGAGACACCAGUAGCUGUUCCAGUUCACACGCCUUCUACACCACAUAGAAUAAAGAUGCCGUCAGAAGAAUUAGAUGAAGGAGCUACAAUUACUACCAAGAAAAAGCAAUCUGUGAUCACAUUACUUAGCCCAUUGCAAGUUGCGAAGAAGCAGCCGAUUCCACGAGGACGUAAGAAAGGAGCCUCCAAUCAGUCGAACCUCGGUCAUCGUUUGUCGAAGCCAACGGGCGUCGAAACAAAUCACUCGAUUACCGACUACUUUCCAGUACGUCGUAGUGUAAGAAAAAGCAAAAAAAUUGUAUUGGAGGAGAAACAACGUGAUUUAGAGAAUAAAGUGCUCUGCCAGGUAGAAGAUGGUUUGGAGGUCAGAAACUUUCCGGGUAAAGGUCGCGGUGUUAUAACGACACGAGAAUUCGCUAAAGGCGAGUUUGUGGUGGAAUAUAUUGGCGAAUUGAUCAACCAGGUAGAGGCAAAGGAACGCGAGGAAGUGUACGCACAAGAUCAAAAUACCGGGUGCUACAUGUAUUACUUUCAGCAUCGUAAUCAGCAGUAUUGUGUUGAUGCGACGGCGGAAACUGAAAAACUCGGUAGAUUGGUGAACCACUCAAGAACUGGUAAUUUAAUCGCACGGAUCGUCGAGGUCAAUUCAAUACCACAUCUGGUACUUACGGCAAAAGAGGAUAUACCAGUCGGCGUGGAGGUCACGUAUGAUUAUGGAGACCGAAGCCGCGAAUCUAUUCGUCAUCAUCCAUGGCUGGCGUUAUAGCAUCUCAAUUCACUAUUUAUAUAAAAUCAUGUUAAAUUGUACAAAAGAUUAGUUUCAUUUAUGUUCCUCCUAUGAAGGAACUAUAUAGCGUGUACGUUGAAUUGUGUACAAAUAUUUUUACAGCGAGACGCGGCGUAUUCAUCGAAUGGACACGCGACUUUGCGAGUUUUUGCUAGUGAAUUCCAAAUACUUUUUUAUAUUACUUUAUGAAAUUCAAUUCGUUUGAUAAAAAGGAAAGUUAUAUUGAAUUGUUAAUCAUGACAAUUACCUAUUUACUUCGUUUGUAUCGGAAGAGUGAAGUGAUUGUGAAAUAAUGAUUGGUGUGUAAAAACUAGUUAUUACAAUACACACCAAUGUUAAAUGUUUACACAGUAUUAUCAAAGAUUAGAAUUUUUGCAUUCGGUAUUUGAAUCGCUUAAUCGUGACAAAUUGUAGCAUAUGCUUCACCUAGUCCCAGCUAUCUUCUGACGGCGAUUGAGCUUGGAUUUUCCGUAUUAGACCAACAGUUCCUAGUUGAAGCGAUUGUGAUACGUAGCUAUGAAAAAACGACUCUCUCUUUCACUCUCCCGAAAAAUAUAUGCAUAUAUGUAAUCGCAUAGUGUGACCCUAUGAGACAGAGAUCUUUUGUUCAAGUAUUUAUGCAACACAUAAUAGCUUCGAGUACUUCACUGCCACAAAUUUAGAUGCGAGAGAAUCUGAUUUCUCAAAAGACAUUGUACAUACAGACUAUAUAUAUAAAUGACGUGUGAACGGGAUUCCUUGAUUGCUUAUAAUAUAUCUUUUAAUUAAUUGCACUUAAGAAAGAAAAAAAGAAAAUAGAGACCAUUGUUACAUUUUCAUUAUCAUUUCGUUAUACAUUAUUUAUAGCAUACACACAAAUACACAUUAUUAUUUAAUAUUAUAUCGCUCACGUACUUUUACAUUGCCGCUAGUUUUCUUAUAUGUAGUAUGUAUAUUACGCAGUGUUGCUCUACUUUGUAACUCGUAAAUUCGUAAUGUUCAAUCUUUGUUAAGAAUAAUUAAGCCUAA